AUGGGGAACAGUUUACCAGGUGUCGGAGGAGGGAAGAAGAAGGCCAAAGUGAUGAAGAUCGACGGCGAAAUCUUCAAAUUCCAAACACCCUUUAAAUUUUUUGAAGUGAUUAAGGAUUACUCCGGUCAUGUUGUAUUGGAAUCGAAUGCUGUUAAGAGAUAUGGGAUCAGAGCUACUCCUCUUGAUCUAGAAGAAAAUCUUGAACCUGGAAAGAUUUAUUUCCUGGUCGAGUUACCUAAACUGUCGGAGACGGCGGAGAAGACGGUGACGAUUAGAAGGGUGCGUUUGGAUGGAGAUGAUCGUCCGGAUUCAUCUACAAAUACAUUUUCAGUUAUUCCAUCCAAUCAACUUUCAGAAUAUGAUGAUUUCAUGGUAAAAAAUAAGUUGAAGGCUAUCGCUAAGGUUUGGGAACCCGUCGAGGAAUGUAAUUUCGUUAUCGUGGGCACUAUAAAGGGUAUUUUACAGAAUCUUAAAUGGUAUUAUCAAGCAUGUACCAACUGUUUCGGAAAUGCAGUUCCAUCAGAUGAAGCUAAUGAUCUAACCAAAUCUUAUAAAUGUCAUAAUGAAAAUUGCACAAAAACUACCACUUAUGUUGUUCUAAGGUUGUUACUUUACAAUAAUACUGGAACUCUAACCUUAACCAUGUUUGAGAGAGAAGGGAAGUAUUUGUUGAAGAAAUCAGCAAAAGAGUUGGUUAAAAAAAUAGAACAGCUUGGAGACAAUCUUGAUUUUUAUCCAGGAAAAAUCAGUGAUGAUGAGAGUUUAAUCCAACAACUUGAAAAUAAGUUGACUGAGUCACAGUCAUUAGAUUUUGGUUCGGCGGAUUUGCAAUAUCAACAGACCAGAAAUUUAAAGGAUGCAAUUUUUGGCACGGACGAUAAUAUAACUCCUUCCACUAUCGACAAACGAGACAACAAGUCCAAUGAAGAGUUUGACCACAACACUGACGAUGACAUUGAAGAUGUUCUUGAUCGUCCUUCAAUUGCUUCUUCAAUGUUCACAUCUUUGAUGAAAUGUAAUGAAAUCAAUAAAGAAGCACGAAAACUUACAUAUGUUGAAUUUCCUACAAAGUUUAUUUGGAAACGUAAAGGUCUGUUUUGGAAGCCAAGGGAAGUUGGAUAUGCAAUUGAUAGAAUUCACUCGGUUUCACCUAAACUUGGAGAAGCAUAUUUCUUAAGAAUUCUUUUAAAUAAAGUGAAAGGUCCUAAAUCAUUCGAUGAAAUUCACACAGUCAAUGGUGAACUAUGUUCUUUUAAAGAUGCGUGUUAUAAUCUUGGCCUUUUAGAUGAUGACAAAGAAUUUAUUGAUGCAAUUAAGGAAGCAAGUCUUUAUGGAUCUGGUUUAUCAUUAAACAAAGAUCAAGUUAAAAACUUGACUUUGUUUGAGAUAGAACAAAUUUUACUUUGUAACAAUUCCAUCCUUAAAAAUUAUGGAAAGAUGCCUUACCCAGAUGUUGAUUCUGUUUCAUCUUCAAACAAUCGUCUUAUUACCGAGCAGCUAGAUUAUGACAUGCCCAAUUUAAAGAACAAGUUUGAUCGGCUAUUUUUUGCAUUAACAAAUGAGCAACGGGACAUUUUUCUUGAUAUCAUGGAUGCAGUUAAACAUAAUAAGGGAGGUGUAUUCUUUGUUUAUGGUUAUGGUGGAACAGCAAUUAGAGCUCAAGGUCAGAUUGUUUUAAAUGUUGCUUCAAGUGGGAUAGCUUCAUUAUCAUUGACUGGAGGCAGGACAACACACUCUCGGUUAAUAAUUCCCAUAAAUCUUCCCGAGGAUUCUUUUUGUAGAAUAAAUCCAAAAAGUGAUCUUGUCGGUUUAGUAAGAAAAACCUCAUUGAUCAUUUGGGAUGAAGCACCCAUGGUACACAAACAUGCAUUCAGAGCUUUAGAUCGAACUUUCAAGGAUAUAUUAAAGUGUGUCAAUCCUACGAAUUCAAAUAUUCCAUUUGGAGGGAAAGUGAUUUUUUUUGGAGGUGAUUUCAGACAAAUUUUACCUGUUGUUCCAGGUGGCAGUAGACAAAACAUUGUUAAUGCUUCUUUAAGUUCUUCCUAUUUAUGGCAACAAUGUAAAGUUCAUAAAUUAACAAAAAACAUGAGGUUAACUGUUGGAAGCGAUCCAUCUGCUAUUGAAGAAAUAAGGGAUUUUGCAAAUUGGCUUUUGGACAUAGGAGAAUGUAAUCUUAGUGGUCUGAAUGACGCUGAAGCGAUUGUUGAUAUUCCACGAGAUAUUAUUAUUACUAAUCCACAUGAUCCUAUAGGUUCAUUAAUCAGUUUUCUAUAUCCUUCUAUAUUGGAAAACUUCAACAUUGUUGAUUAUUUUCAAGAAAGAGCAAUACUAGCUCCCAAGAAUGAAGUUGUCCAAGAAAUAAACGAACGUUUAUUGUCAUUGUGUCCAGGAGAACAAAAAGAAUACUUAAGUUCAAAUUGCCUAUCCCAAUCCGAGUUUGUUCAUGAUGAGUUUGAUGCAAAUUUAUACUUACCUGAUGUUUUAAAUGGUGUUAAAGUCUCAGGUCUUCCAAACCAUAAGCUCAUUUUAAAAGUCAGUGUUCCAGUUAUGUUAUUGAGAAACAUUGAUAAAAAAAAUGGCUUAUGUAAUGGGACUAGACUACAGGUUAAAUCUUUGGGCAAACGUGUUAUUGAGAUAGUUAUCUUAUCUGGAAGUAAUAUUGGAAACCGGACUUUUAUUCCAAGAAUGUCUUUAACUCCUUCUAAAGACAAGAUCCCGUUUAAAUUCCAAAGAAGACAAUUUUCAUUGGCUGUGUGUUUUGCAAUGACAAUUAAUAAAAGCCAAGGACAGUCUUUAUCGAAGGUUGUUUUGUCUCUGAAGGAGCCUGUUUUCACACAUGGUCAAGUGUAUGUUGUUUUAUCUAGAGUUCAAAGUAGAGAAUGA